AACUGGCGCCGCGACACCAAAGACGUCGUAUCCAAAUGCUUGCACUACCGGCCGAAGGUACGGCGUCGUCGCGUUGUUAGUAUUAAUUUGGUCCUCGCCUCUCAUCUACAUGAAAUAACGAGGAUAAAACGAUAACGGCACGUGCGCAUACCGUAUCUACCCAGUAAAAUAUCACACAACAAUUCUUGGGUAGAAAUAUAUUAUUGGCAGUGGUAAUAAUUCAUCCGGUUCAAUACCUGGACAUUGAUUCAAAUUGGAUUAACAGAAGAUGCGGUGAACUGCGCUUUGUUCUUUACCUCCUACAUACGUGCUGUCAGAAAUCGAAGACGUCCAAAAUCGUCUCGUGGAUCUUAAAAUGGUUGUGGUAACUCACGAACCUUUUCAAGAUGUGGAAAAGGAGUCGAUGCACGCCACGCCAUGUGUUGUGGACUACGAACAAAAUCCAGCCAUAAUCGGUCAGAAUUCUUACAAUUUUCGGCAAGCCGUCAGUCCACAGUAUACUAUUCCACUCGAUAUUAGAGACGUAAAAACGGCAUUGGACUUUUUACGUGUUGCGAUUUCUACAAGGGACAGAGUACUUCUCCAGAAAUGCAUCGAGUCAUUAGAUAACCAACUGAAUCCACAAAAUGUACUGACAAUAUACUCUAGUUUAGGUGAUUGUGAAAAAUCGAGGACGGAAAACUUUCGACCUUCGGCACCACCCUUUUCAGAGCAAGAUCAGAGGGAUUCCACGGAAUGGAUUCCAAAAUUACUUGGUGACAUUCGUCAUAAUUGUCUUUUGGAAAUAGAUAAAAAUGCAGACUACAUUUUACAAAACAAAGAUAUUUUAAAUUUAUCGUAUCCGGAUAUCCUGAACAUACUCCAGAGAGAUACACUACAAGUUUCAUGUGAAGCUAUUGUUUAUAAAACUGUGUUCAAUUGGACGAUAGCAGAGUGCCAAAGAAGAUCUCAGAAUUUCGCUAACCUCAGCCCACGUGAUAAAAAGGAGGUGCUUCAGAACUUGGCAUUUGCUCCAAGAUAUGGCUUAAUGACCAAAUCAGAGUUCAUGAGCCGAAACAUACAAGCCCUUGAUGGCCCUCGAUAUAGUGGAAUUUUGGACGAAACGGAAUGGCGUUACAUUAAAUUUUAUUUAAAAGAAAAGAGUAAAGGCCGUCCUGUAAAUCCCUUAAAUCAUAAAAUGUCGUCCCCAAGGAUUAUCGGAAAUAUUAAGCCAGUAGAUCUCAGCUCUAGAAGCAGAAAUAUAAGAAAAAACGAAAUUAGUUUCGAGAAACGCGCAAGUGAUAGUUCCCAAUGUUCUAGAAAAACAUUUUUUGAAAAAUGUCUCAUAAAUCUGUUCACUUGUUGGUCAUUUAUUUUUGACUGAAAAAUAAUAGUUUUCAUAUUGAAAUUUUAUUUGCAUACAUUGCCAUUGCCAAUGAUAAUUGUUUUGAGCUUUUAUACCUACACAAGUAAGCUUUACACAUUUGCUGUUGUUUUUUCAAUGUUAGUGGGUUUUUUAUAACGAACCCCGCCCUGAAAAUUACUAAAUCUACAGGGGUGUAUUUAUUUGUAAUAACGUUAUGAUCACCAAAUGAUAUUUUUAUAUUUAUAGAUGAAUGUUUAGGUAUGUUUCAAAUAAUCAUAACUGGCAAAUAUUUCACUGAAGCGAUUUGGAAUGGAGGGCUACUACGUCAGUUUGCUACGUUAUUAUAAGAGAAAUUGCCUUUUCACGUCAUACAAUAUUAGCCCUUUGAAUUAUUAAAUACAUGUGUACUUUUAUUAUAUGCAAGGACUUUGCUAUGACGACAAAGGUAAAAGUGAAAAUAACAAAUGAACAUACCUAAAUACAUAUAUACGUUGGUGUGCCAUGUUUUUUAGAUUUUCUAUAUUACCUAUUAAUUUUUUAACAAAAUCAACGAAUAAUUUGUAAGUACUUUAUUUUUAUUGAAGUUUUAAAAGUUUAUUAAUAUGUACUACGUACUUAUCACAUCGUUUUUCUCUUAAAAAAUCUAUUUAAUAUAGCAAUGUAGUGUAAAAGAAUCCGAAUUUUGUUCAUGCUUUGUGUGAUACUUAGAUAAACGUAUAGGAAUCUAACGAAUAAAAUUUAUUCUGUUUCUAACAUCUUCAUCUAAACCUAAACAACAAACGAAAGAAUUGGUCAAUUCAAUGUAGUUUUUUAUUUGUAAUAGAUUUUUUAUUAAAUCGCUAUUCAGUAUUGGGUAUUACAAAUUAUAGAGAAGUAUGCAAAUGUACCUUCUAUUUAAGCUUUAUGUAUUUCGCUGUGUCUGUCUGUGAUCUAUAAUUGUGUUUUGUUAAAAUCAUGUAUUAACUUUAUAAUUGUUACAAAAAAUAAGACAAAGAGAUAAGAAUUGGAAGGUCCAAAACGUGAAAAGUAUAUUGGAAUUGGAAUAUUAAACAUGUUACUUAUAUCAAAAUUAAGGAAUUUAUUGGCUGUAACAGCUACAAAUCUGCUAAUUUAAAAAAAUUACUUUAGGCAUUGUAUUUUUAUGCAGUUUUGUUAUUUGUAAAUAUGGAAUGAAGGGUGUUGUUGAGAAUAUUGUAAUUAUUGAGGCUGGACCUAAUAAUGUAUUUUCAAAAUAUAAUUUAUGCUGUGCUAGAUACCUAGUAUUUUUAGUGCAAAUCGGUUUCAUUGAAAAAGAUAUUCAUGUAAUUAAUGACUGUCCAAUUAAGAAAAACUAAUAUAACGAACAUGUGAAAAUUUUAUAAUUAUAUUAUGUAUAUGUUUAUUUCAAUAUUGGUUUUUAAAUACUUGCAUGCGUGUCGAUUAUUGACUGACAUUUGUAUUUUUUAUGUAUCACUUUUUUAAAUUAUUUUUAUUGAAAAAUGAGUGACUAAUAAAAUUUUACUUAACU